AUGGAGGCCACGGGGCCGGAGGGCCUGGACAGCCGAGGCUUCCCCUUGCCAGGCACAACGGGCGCCGGCCUCUCUUGGGACAACGGCACCAGACACAGCCUCACACUCCCUGAGCCGCUGCCCGCUCUUCACGUGUUCCCGCCGGUGGUGUACGCUGCCACCUGCGCCAUGCGGCUAAUGGGCAACGCGGCCGCCAUCUGUGUGAUCCUGAGAGCGCCCAGGAUGAAGACGGUGACCCACGCGUUCAUCCUGAACCUGGCCAUCGCGACACUCUUCACACCGGUGCUGCCUACCAACGUCGCCGAGCACGUGCCGCAGCGCUGGCCCUUUGGGCGGCUGCUCUGCAAGCUGGUGCCGGCCACCGGCCACUGCGACAUCUCCAGCGUCUAUUUCCUGGCCACCAUGAGCACGGACCGCUACCCCGCGGUGCCGGCCACGGUGCGGCCCCGGCACACCGUCCGCGGGGCUAAGGCCAGCCUGUGCGUGUCUGGUGUCGCUGUCGCAACGCUAAUCCUCUUCGCCUUCGCCCGGGUCUACAGCAAUGAGCUGCAGGCCGCAAGCUGCGGGCCGAUGCCCACGCCGGAGUGGGCCUGGCUCCAGGCGAGCCGCGUCCACACGCCGGUGCUGGGCUUCGCGGUGCCCGUGUGCACCCUCUAUGUUCCCUAGCGGAGGCUGCAGGCCCUGCGGCUCCACUCCGGGGCCAAGGCUCUGGGCGAGGCCAAGCGGAAGGUGAGUCUCCAGGUCCUGGCUGUGCUGGCCGCGGGCCUGCUCUGCUGGACGCCCUUCCACCUGGCCUCAGUCGUGGCCCUGACCACAGACCUGCCCCAGAAGCCACUGCUCAUCAUCGUCCCCUAUGUCGUCACCAGCCUCAGCUGCACCAGCUCCCGCCCCAACCCCUUCCUCUAGGCCUUCCUGGACCACAGCUUCUGGAAGAGCCUCUGCACCACGUUCCAGUGCCCGGGGGCAUAA